UUUACUUGAUCCGCAGACUGUGUUUAAUAAUGGCCUGGAAAUCAGGAGGAACCAACCAAGCAGAGCUCGUAAACAACCUCCGCAAGAAUGGCAUCAUUAAGUCAGACCGUGUGUAUGAUGUUAUGCUGGCGACAGACCGUGCCCACUUCUCCAGAUGUAACCCUUAUAUGGACUCUCCACAGUCUAUAGGCUACCAGGCAACCAUCAGUGCACCACACAUGCACGCCUAUGCCCUGGAGCUGCUCCAUGAUCAGUUGUAUGAAGGCGCCAAAGCUCUGGACGUGGGUUCUGGCAGUGGCAUCCUGUCUGUCUGUUUUGCCCGAAUGGUGGGGCCAAAGGGAAAGGUCAUUGGGAUUGAUCAUAUAAAGGAGCUGGUCGAUGACUCAGUCAAUAACGUGAGGAAGGACGACCCUACGUUGAUAUCGUCAGGACGUGUCAAACUUCUUGUUGGAGAUGGAAGGUUGGGCUAUACAGAAGAGGCACCCUAUGAUGCUAUACAUGUAGGAGCAGCUGCCCCUUCUGUUCCACAGGCUCUGCUGGACCAGCUGAAACCUGGCGGCCGUCUCAUCCUCCCCGUCGGGCCCGCAGGUGGGAACCAGAUGCUGGAGCAGCAUGACAAGAUGGAGGACGGCAGCACCAAAAUGAAGCCCCUGAUGGGGGUGAUUUACGUGCCUUUAACAGACAAAGACAAGCAGUGGUCCAGGGAUGAACUUUGAAUCGACAGUCUGGCAAUAUUCAUUCAUUCACUCACUCACUCACUCUCUCUCUCUCUCACACACACACACACACACACACACACUCUCUCUCUCUCUCUCUCUCUCUCUCUCUCUCUCACACACACACACACACACACACAGGAGUAAAAUACGCCAUCAAUCUGGACUUAACAACUAACUACAUGAUGGUAACAGAUGGAGGGGGAGGAGCCAUGCUGAUUGCGCUCUUGGGACAGCUGUGUGGCUAACGAGUCCUCAGAAAGGAUGGAACAGACUGAUUGCUUAAAAAGGAAAAAAAAAAAAAAGAGUGGGCUUAGCCAUGACAUUUUCAUGCCUGCAGUUUGCUUUGUGAACUUUUUCCUCUUUUGAUUGUUGAUUGGCAGGUGCACUUUUUUUUUCUUUUUGUGAUAAAUACAGUAUUGGGGUUUUCUUUUUCAUUUUAUGUGUAUUUCAGCUUGUUUGAAGCUGAGGGUAAGAAGGAGCUGAUUUUCUGUGGACUGAAGGAGUAAGUGGAGGGUGCCUGCACUGCGUGCACCGUGCUAAUUUAAUAUUCAAGGCGUGCGCAGUGUUUCUGAACGGGAACUGCAUGGGGGCUAAAGAUGUCUAGGCUGAAGCGCUAGCUCAAAUUGUAGACUCUAAAGUCCUAGCUGAGAACUAGCAGGUGCUGGAAUACUAGCAGGGAGUUCUAGAGUUGACUGACAGCACGAUCUCAAACAGCUUCCCAAACAUUUUCAAACGAAUUCUUGAAUGAGGACUUCACCACAUCACUAAAACUUAUAAAUGAAUUGAAAUGUUUUUUCUUUUUCAUUACUUUUGUUUUUCAUUGACGUAAUGAGUAACAAAACAAGU